GAGCCGAGCCGGCUCCGCUCGCCGCCUUCCCGGGCCGCCUGGCCGUGCCAGCCGCCGCCGCUCUUCGUCACCCGCCUGGCCGGGCCGGCGGCAGGCCUGAGAGAGGCGGGAAGGAUGCCCUGCACACCCCGCCGCUGAGGGAGACUCGGGGGCCCUGCGCGCCGCGUCUGGCCAGCCCCACCCCAGCCGCCGCUCGGCCCUUCGCCUCCAGCGGCGCGGAGCUUCCUUCUCCCCGAUCCCCCUUCCCCUGGGUUUCCUUUCCCCCGGCCUAGGCACGAGCCGCUUCCCCCUCGCCCCCAGCCCGCUCCACCUCCCAGGCCUCUCUGCCCAGGCCUCCUCCGGGUCUCUUCCUCCGCCUGGGCCUUCGGGCUCCUCACCUUCCUUCCUCCCUUUCCUUCCCCUUCCCCGCCCGGAGCCAUGUCCUCCGCCGCUCGUUUCGAUUCGUCGGACCGCUCCAGCUGGUACGUGGGCCCGGUGUCCCGGGCGGAGGCGCAGACGCGGCUGCAGGGGCAGCGGCACGGCAUGUUCCUGGUGCGGGACUCGUCCACCUGCCCCGGCGACUACGUGCUCUCGGUGUCCGAGAACUCCCGCGUCUCCCACUACAUCAUCAACUCCCUGCCCAACCGCCGCUUUAAGAUCGGCGACCAGGAGUUCGAGCACCUGCCCGCCCUGCUGGAGUUCUACAAGAUCCACUACCUGGACACCACCACCCUGAUCGAGCCCGCGCCCAGGUACCCCAGCCCCCCCAUGGGAUCUGGAUCUGCCCCUGCCAUGCCCCCUGCAGAGGAGAACCUGGAGUACGUUCGGACUCUCUACGACUUCCACGGCAACGACGCCGAGGAUCUGCCCUUCAAGAAGGGAGAGCUGCUGGCAAUCGUGGAGAAGCCAGAGGAACAGUGGUGGAGUGCCAGAAACAAGGAGGGUCGGAUUGGGAUGAUCCCUGUUCCUUAUGUAGAAAAGCUGGGCAGACCCUCAGUGGGGAAGCACGGGAACAGGAAUUCCAACAGCUACGGCAUCCCAGAACCUGCCCACGCGUACGCGCAGCCGCAGACCGCGACUCCCCUGCCCUCGGCGUCCAGCACGCCUGGAGCAGUGAUCAACCCUCUGCCAUCCACACAGAACGGACCAGUCUAUGCCAAAGCUGUCCAAAAGAGAGUUCCCUGUGCUUAUGACAAGACUGCGCUGGCAUUAGAGGUUGGGGACAUUGUGAAGGUGACGAGGAUGAACAUCAACGGGCAGUGGGAAGGAGAGGUGAACGGGAGGAAAGGGCUCUUCCCGUUCACGCACGUGCAGCUGUUCGACCCUCAGAACCCCGAGGAGAACGAGUGACUCCCCUGCCCCUCUCACUGCUGCUUCAUUCUCCUGGCUACCAUUGGCAUUCUUUGAGGUGGGAUGAUGACUUCAUGGCACAUUGCUAGCAUUGCCCAUUUUCCAGCUUGCUGCAGUUUGACAGUUCCUUUAAUGUACAUUUGGAAUUCAUACAACUGAAGUCACUGCCUGACCUUCAGACCAUAGUUACAUCAUCCAGAAUUUAGUUUCACUUUUAAAACUGUUUUGGGCCUUAAGCUGGACAAGACUGAACCGGAAUAUAGCAGAGAGGUUUGGGAAAGAAACCUUUCCUGUUGAGACUUCCAUGGACUUUUUUCUGGUUUGCUCAGUAGGAAGAGCCCUAAUCUUAGAUCAAACGAGCAAUUUCGUGCAUUACUGUCCAACAAAAAGCAACAACAAAAAUGCAAUUUUAGAACUGAAGAAGAUUUAGUUUUGAAAUUACCUGUGCUAAGGUAGUACAUUUAAAAUGAUGGUUUCUUCAAAGGACAAUAAUUGGAGCUUAUGUGUUCUAAGCAGUUGUAUUAGACACUGCUCUUUUCUGUUAACCCUUAAGCUUGUUGUUGACCUUCCUGAAACAGUGUGUUACAUGCAAAUAACCAUUGAUUCAGCUGCAUUGAAGCUGAGGCAUUUAUUUAUAAAGAAACCCAGGAGGAGGUUGUACUUGUACCUUGGUUUUGACAUAUUUAAUGCAUUUCUGUUGAUUUUUGCAAGCACUAACUGUAGAAAGUGAGCUUUAAGGGGAAACACAUUGGCCUGGUCUACAAGCAGCUCUUCUGCAGUGUUGAAAGUGUAGUUUGACUGGGACAGAAGUGCUUGUCAUCAAGCUGUUACUUGGUAGACAGAUCAGACUGCCAUGAGGAGAGAUAGGGGUGGGACAGAAGAACUUGGUAAAUACUGAUAAAAUCCUCUUAUUUAAACAUUUAAAGACCUUUUAUAUCCAUUUCUCUGCAGCCUCCCUGCUCUCUCCAAAGUUUCCUAGCUGUACCAGCCCCAGCCCAUCAAAAGCUCCUUUUCAAACACACUCAAUACCUUUUUACCAGGGUGUCUAUGUUGCUGUGCUUCUCUUCCAGAGCUGCUUUCAUCUUCUUUUUCCCUUCCUUUUUUUUUUCCUUGCAUCCCAAGUCCUCUGCAUGCUGACAUCUUUCUUUUACCCUCCUGAGGCAUUGGCUGUGUUUUAUAUAUGACCCAGGUCCCUCCCCUCCCAGCAUCCUGUAGAGAAUGGUCAAUUGGAUCAGCUGCCUGCCUUCCCAUGGGAUAAGGCUGGGGCUGGAGGAGGUCAGGAGGUGUCUGUUACUCGUGUAGCUCCUUCCCUCUCCUGCAGCUUUUCCCUGGUAAGCUCUCUUUCCCUGCUGUGAUUGUUCUGCAGCUGGGUGCUCAGCCCGAGCCUGGUGCAGGAUGUGAAAGGGCAGGCACAGGGGAGUCCUGUGCCACCUUCCUCAAAUGUGUGUUGUAGGUGAACUGGAAUGCUCUUUUCAAAAUGAUGGAACACUGAAUUAACAGAAUACAUGUCUGCAAAGAUACAGCUACUAAACCUCCCUUUUCAGGAGCCUGGUUAAGGCAGAUGUCCAGUGUGGAAGCUGGCAGGAAAACAGCAGCUCCCAUUUUUCAGCUUUGGUAGGCUGUUGUUUGUAGCAAAAUGAGAAACUUCAAACACCUGCAGAAUGUCAUCAGAUCUUACAAAUGUCUAAUGAUAUAAAGAUUGUCUUAAGUUCCAGCAUGUUUUCUUGUUGAUUUGUGUUGCUUGAUCCUAAUAAAAGCAUGUUGUUGGUAGCUCAUGUGGGAGUGCCAUGACAUCCUUCAUUGGAAGGCACUGAAGAACUGCAGAAAUGGCAUUCACAAGCAGCCAUUCAAAAUGCCAGGUUUUAAAAUGUCUCUCCAUUCAUCUAUUAACUGUUUUCUGUAAUAUUGAUCAAGUGGCUGACAGUCUGGAAGUUCUUGUAGAGCAUUUUACUACCAAAUUAACUGUGAAGUAGAGUAGCAUUGACUGAAGUGUUUGGUGCUGUAAUUCUUGACAAUAGGCAUUGACAUUUUGUCUUGCAAAGAAAAGCUAUGCAGUUCUCUUAACUAAAGAAGGUCAUGUUUUUCCUGUGCCCCAACAAUACCUGCACGUUUACUACACAGAUUGUACUACUGAAAGUCAUCUUCUGAAUACAAACUGCACUAAACUCAGUCUGCUGCAGAGAAAUCUUAUUUCAGGCCUGACCUAGUUACAGGCAGCUCUUCAGAAGACUGAUUGUAGAAUUCUUCCUUUGCGUGGUGAAUAAAUACUGUGAGAUUUCAGAUCUUGAACAGAACUUUUAACCUGAUUUUUUUUUUCACUGAAAUAAACACCUUGACUCAUCCCCUCAUUGAAUAAGGUGCACGCUUUGAACACAAACAUUGUUUUAGGUUUAAUUAUGUUCCAAUACUGCAGAAAAGCAAAGUACUUUACCUUCAAAACUAUGCAAAAUUUGUGUGUAGUGGUAUCUGAUGCAAAGACAAGAAUUCUUGAAUUUCUGUGAACCUGGUUUUAGGUCAUGAGUGAGCAGUGUUUCUCCAAGUAGCAGCGGUGUGGUUCAGGUAUGUAAAAUGUGGUUUCAAUGUAGCAUACUGACCAGCCUAAGCUGAUUGUAACCUCGCUUCAAAAUGUGUCUUGGCUAUUUUACUAUGAGACAAGUAUUUUCAUAUAAAGACUGCAUUGGAUCAGUGUGUGUUUCUCUUUGAAGGACUCUGCAAUCUCAAUUGCUCGUCGCUUGCUUACACGUGUGCUGUCGUUUUCUGAAACCUCUUAAACCUGAGUGAUAAUCUUAUCAGUGUCAGUGUUCUUGGGCGUGUAAGGUAACCUUGAUAUGAAGCAUGAGAGCCUACAAGUGAUGGCUUCAAUCUAUGCACCAUUAAAGUUGUCCUUGCUUUGGAACUGGUGUAAUGAGCUGGUGCCACAGUAGUCAACUAUCACGAAAGGCUUGGCUUCCUCCUGCUGUGUACAUGUGUAUAUAGACAUUGAAGCCUCUGACCAGUCUGAAAGUUUAAAUGAAAACUGUUUAAAUCAGUGUCCAUCACUGGAAAAGCGCUUAUUUAAUUCAUGAUUGUUUACAAAUUGGGAAAGAAUAAACAAAAGGGAAUAUCCUGUUUGGGUUGAGGCUCUGAAGAGCCUGAGCAUUAUUUUUGUAAAGGGAAAAACAGCAUUCUUUGUGCCAUUUCAUGUGCCUGUAAAGUAAUUUUUUAUAUUGUAUUAACAUCCUGGGAAUGAGUGGGCUGCCUUUGUUUUUUAGUCCAGUCUUCAAGCAUUUUCCUCAAUACCUGCAUUUGAAAGUGAGACCUGCCUAAAAGACUGCCUUUUGGGACCAGUGAAAGCGUUCCUGUAUAGUUGUCAUUUUCUGUUUAUUUGUGUUAAAGUGUAUUUUGGGACAAGGAUACAAUUAUUGCAGUGGGAAAGGUGGCCUUGUAUUUGAGACAGUCUUCACUGUGUAAACUUUUAAACACAAUAUGUAAUUUAAAGACCAUGAUCUUCAGGCAAUAAUAUUAAGUGUAAGCUUUUAAAUUUUAUUUUGGGGAUCAUAGCUUGUUUUAUUUUUUGUGCUAUAAGAUUAACAGUAUUAAAUGAAUUAUAUUCUUAGAAUAUACGGAGUGUCUUUUCUUAAGAUUAGUGCCUUUUUAAUUUCUUACUCCACUUAAUUCAUAGAACUGGUCCCAACAUCAAGCCACUGUGUUUUUCCCCAAGGCCCUGUUUGUACAGUCUAAAUAAAACUUGCCUCAACUUACAGUAUUAUUUGUGGUCUUUAGUCUGAAACCCUCGACAACAGCAGCAGAGUGUUGAAGCCCUUACUCUGUCCUUACAAUGCCUGUUCUGUGGGUGAGCAGAACCUGCCAGCUGAAGUUUUCCAGAAUCAAAGGAAGAAUUAAGCAGGAGAAAAUGCUGUUGCCAGGCUGAAUGAAACUCUCCUGCUCCAUCCUCGUGCCUCUUGUCAGACAAUGCUGCUGGGCUCUGGAGGCUCAGAUGGAAAAGCUGCACCUCUGGUGAUAGAGAUUCCCACUGCCUCCUCCACCCCGGCGCCCGACACGUCCGUGCUCCUCCUGCUCCUCCACCUCUGUAUUUAUUGUGCUCUUGGCCCAGGGUCUCUGGAACCAUAACCUUUGUUUACUGUGAUGCCCUUGACUGUGCUUGUAAGAAUGACUGGUUCAUGCAAUGGUUUGAAUUUUGCUUAUUAUUGGUUGAGUAACUGAGGUGUAACCUGUGCAGCACUGGAGAGCAGGGGCUGCAGCUCUGGGCCCUGCCAUGAGGUGCUGGUGCACAUCAGAACCGUCUGUGUUUGGAAGUCAGAACCCACACCCUGGUCAUCUUCUGCCUUUUCAGUCCAGAUCAAUAGUAACUAAACUAAACUUAAAGGUUUUUUUCAGUUAAUCAUUAACAAGAUGUUGAUAUUUGAGCUGACCCUGUAGAGGAAGAAAACUUCAAGAAGAACAUCAACCAUGCAAGUGCUGCGAAGGAGAAGCCUACAAAGCUUGUAUUGGUUCCCUGGACUCUGUAGGUAUGGUGACAGCCUCGUGUUUGUCUUCUCUGGAGUACAGAUUUCCAUGUGAUGUUAAUAAACAUUCAUAGCCAA